GGGUGCAUUCCCCAGCGCCGUUUGAGGCUGCUCAGCUCCAUAAAUGCCAUUUGCAUCUGGACAGGAUGUAACAAGAGCUGUAAAUCACUAACGGCGGAGGAACAACUCAACUCCAGGAGCAGACACGGCGGAGCCGGGCCUCCGCGAGCUAUGGCAAUGUGUGAAAGGCAUCUUUUGUUGGGGGGGGGAGAACUGAUAGCAAUUAGGUGAUACUUAUCUUGCCCUUUGAUGUGUUUUUACACAAACAACGUUUUCCUCCGCGACUUGCGGUAUAAAAGAGGAGCUGUGCUUCUUGACACCCUCCUACAUCUCCGAAACAAGGCAGGAUGACCAAGGCCCCUUUCUCUGUGGAGUGGUUGUCCCAGAGCAGCCAGGCACCCAAGAGCACCACCGCGGGCUCCCCUCACCGACCAUCCUCCGCCGGCCACCGGCCCGCUUCCGCGUCCAGCCCCGGCUUGAGUGACGGGAGCAAGGAGCAGCCCGCCGGGCCGCGGCACGGGAGAGGCGGCAGUAGCCGGGAGCGUUUGGCGACGCCCUUUGCUGCAGGCGAGCGGCCGUGUGGAGCAGAGCAGUCCCCGCCGGAGGGAAGUCCAGAGCGCUCGGGCUCCGAGGAGGGCGGUGGCAAGGUCGGCCGGCGGCUGCGCACUGCCUUCAGCGCCGAGCAGGUCAGCACCCUGGAGAGCUCCUUCCAGAGGCAGCAGUACCUGGGGGCGGCCGAGCGCCGCAAGCUGGCCCGCAGGAUGCGGCUCUCGGAGGUGCAGAUCAAGACCUGGUUUCAGAACCGCCGGAUGAAACUCAAGCGGCAGUUGCAGGAGCUGAGGACGGAGUCUUUCUGCAGCCCCCCUUAUGGACCUCAGAGCAGCAUCGUACCCUUGCCUCUCACGUACAUGGCCCAGCCACUUCCUCUGUUCCGGCAAGGGGCUGCCUCCGGAGGCUUCACCUUGGCGGCGCUCCCGGCACCCAGCCCGGAACUCAGCAGUGCCUGCAGAGCACAGCCUGUGGGCUUUUGGGCGGCACCCUGCUUUGUUGGGUACGGGGACCCCACAGCUUUCUUGCUGGGUGUCUGACCCUUUGAUACGGACGAUGACUAAGGAGGAUUUGCACUACGGAUACCUAUCUGUAACUGCCUGGUGGAGUUAUGAUGCAACGAUGUGCAAGAUAUUUUACAGAGACAUACUGGACAAUCUGAAUCGUGGACUUCAGGCCCCAGCAUUUAUAGGCAACUGUGUAAAAUGGA